AUGAAUGACGAUGAAGGCGGCCAUGUUUUUGACGAGCGCAUUUGGAGGAGGGAGUCAUGUUACGAUGUCCCGAUCGAAGAGUAUGCCCAUACAGUGAUUGAGCUAGAAGAUGAGGUGAAUCGGGUCAUGACUGAGGGCUGUAAGGUGGACGCCUGUCUGGAUUGGUUCAUCUGUUGCCUGAAAGAGAUCAAUCCAGAUCAUAGUCAGCGCAUGUAUAGCCCCGACAAUUUCGAAUCAUUUGCGGGGUCCAGGUUCGAGGAGAUCAAGAAGGAACUGCGAGAAAAUUUGAACCGCUUAACUCCCGACUAUCUUGAUGAUGAAACAGACAUUUUGGAGGUUGAGAAAUUGCGCAAACGGUUGGAGAGUCGAUGGCAUAAAGUCCAAGUGGGUAGUAAUAUCCCGAAGCGGGAGAAUGUUUCCAGUGCACUUUUGGAUACUCUAAUGGAGAAGCAUUGUCACCAACGGAGUAAACAUACCGAAGCCUCUUCAACACCUGCAUUGCCAGAAGUACAGGACAGAUUUCUUGACUCAUGUCUUCAAUUGAAAACGUUCAUUGAAGGGGAGCGAACUACUGCUUCCUAUGCAUGUGGGGGUAGCAUCCCUAUUGUCCAAACCACUGGCCCCCCUGAUACGCACCCACGAGGUUCUGGUCCCAUCAACAUCUUCUGGUCGAUUGGGAAUGGCUCAGCGAGGCAUUUAUCACUGCCUCUUAGGGCAGACGCCGAAGACGCGAACCCUGAAAUGCUACAACAUUUGAUAGGCAGCUGUGGUCCAGCCAGUUUUGGUCGCGGAGAGGAGACUGUGAUAGAUCUAUCGUACCGAAAAGCUGGAAAGUUAGAACCUGAAAACUUCGCCACAAGCUUCCAUCCCGCCGAUUUUGGAAUUAUUGAAACAAUUGAGAAGGUGCUUCUUCCUGGAAUAGUCGGCGAAGCAGCGAACAGAUUAGGGUCGCGCAAAAUCUAUGCCGAACUCUACAAGCUGAAUAUUUAUUCAGGGCCAUCUGGGCUCUUCCGUAGCCAUGUUGACACUCCCCGUUCUCAGAGCCAGAUUGGUUCCUUGGUCGUUUGUCUCCCAUGGGCUGCUUUCUAUAGUGACUGUGAACAUGAGAUCAAAACAAUAACAGAAGGAGACCGGAUCACGUUGACCUACAAUCUGUACGUCUCAAACCGGGCAGACAGCGCUCUCCUAUCGAUAAUGGAGCCCAAAUCACUACCAUUGUACGGCUGGGUCAAGGAUCUUCUCAUGAAACCGGGAUUUCUGGACGGUGAGGGCUUAAAGGGUCAGACGUGGUAUUGUAUUCCAUUUUCCAAGUUAGGACUCAAAGGGCACAUCGAAGGCCGAUCUGGCUAUCUCGGCGAAUGGGGCUACUACGACUUUGUCAAUGAUCUCCAGCCAUACUUGGCCAGGAACAAACGCCUUCUCGUGAAUUUUUCCGAAGUACUACCACAAGUGACCAGUCGAGAGGACAUUGCUGAUAUCGACCGACGAUGGAAGCUCUUGAAGAUGACACGACAUGUGAGGGGUAUGAAGGAGGCAAUUUCUUUCGCACGAAGGAAAGGUCUUCCAUACAAAGAGGAUAGCAGCUUUGUGGAAGAUGGGGCGCAGAUUGGAUCAUGCCUGCGACCCUAUGAAACGACAGAAUGGGGGAAUGACAUGCAGAUGGACGAUGUGCUGCCAUAUGUGUGGCCCGCAUACUAUCUCCCCGGGAUUACAUGGCUCACGGAGCCAAAGCACGAGGAGAUGGCGUUCAGUCAGGUCACCUACGGAAAUGAAGCGGGACUCGGAACGAGAUACUCGUGCGCUGCCAUUUUCGCGGUGAUUCCCCCAUGGGGUAGAAGAGAUAUACUUCGUGAAAAUGAUGGAUCUGAAGUAAAUAACGAGGGUUGA